CUGGAGCAGAGUGUGACGUGGCAGAGAGACGACCGAGAUCCGGAACACCUGAGCAGAGAAACAGAGCCGGCGCCGAGGAGCAGAGACUCUGACUGGACCCGCACGACUCCCAGCAGCAGUUUAUUUAAUAGCACUGAAUUCGAGGCAGUGACAGAAACAUGGGCCUGACCAUUUCGAGUAUUUUCUCUCGUCUGUUUGGCAAGAAACAGAUGCGGAUUCUGAUGGUGGGUUUGGAUGCUGCUGGUAAGACCACCAUUCUGUACAAGCUGAAGUUGGGAGAGAUCGUCACAACAAUUCCAACAAUUGGGUUCAACGUGGAGACGGUAGAGUACAAGAACAUCUGCUUCACGGUGUGGGACGUGGGCGGCCAGGACAAAAUCCGACCUCUGUGGAGGCACUACUUCCAAAAUACCCAGGGUCUGAUCUUCGUGGUGGACAGCAACGACAGAGAGAGAACACAGGAAGCAGCAGAGGAGCUGCAGAAAAUGCUUCAGGAAGACGAGCUGCGAGAUGCUGUGUUGCUGGUAUUUGCCAACAAACAGGACCUGCCAAACGCCAUGGCCAUCAGUGAAAUGACCGACAAGCUAGGGCUGCAGGCUUUGCGCAACAGGACUUGGUACGUCCAGGCAACCUGCGCCACACAGGGCACUGGCCUGUACGAGGGGCUGGACUGGCUGUCCAACGAGCUAUCCAAGCACUAGACCUGGGGCUUACAGCUGAGCACGGGCUCUUUUAACCAAGGACAUGUUUACCAGGACUGGUCUAGGCUUCUUACAACUCCACUACUAGCUCGCAUUUGUCGAUUUGUUAUGGUAUUCAAAGCAGAGGCGACGGGCAGCAUGCCGGGGGCUCUUGCGGAUGACAUUUUCUACACAGUUAUGAUGUGAUGCAUAUACGAGCAGUAUGCUAUUAAUGACAAAAGUUGAUCCAUUCAAAAAAAACGAUUCUAUUUUUAACUUUGUUUUAGACCAGAUGUGUGAACUUCAGUUUUUGUAGGACUUAAAUGUUUUUUUUUUUUUCUCCCCCCAUUGCAUUUUGAGCCUCCAUAUAUGGUGUUCUAUAUAAUGUUUUAAAAUGUUCUACCCUUUCCUUGGUUAGCUGAUGUCUUGUAUCAUUCCUAGUGGCAGUCUGCUGACAACCUGUGUGUGUUUACAAUGAGCCACCCAACCCUUUACUUUCUCCUCUCGGUACCUCCCCUUUCAAACACUGCUACUAACAGCUGAAAACUGUCAUUUAUACUGAACUGUUUUUGAGGAACAAAAAAUAUUUUAAUUCACAUGAUUUUUUUUUUUUGUUUGGCUUCUGUUCAAAGGCUGACUUUUUCAUUGCAUGUUGCUUUUUGUUAUCAGAUUGACUUGUCACAUGUAUUGCAGUUCUGUUAGUGUUUUGUGGUCUACCAUGGGGGGGGGGGGGGGGGUGGGGGUGGAUAAAGUAACUAUUUCCAAUUAAACAAUGUCUACAUAUCCCACUUGCCAUUAUAAUUCCUAAUAAAACAGUACAUUGUAAUGUC